CGACUUCCGGUUCACAAUGUUUCCCUUGUUUUCUUUUGUCGCUGUUGGGUGAGAGUUGUACGACUGCUUCCGGGUUGCUGGACGACCUUGAGCCUUUCGUAGCGAGAUGGCGUGUAUCUGGAGGCUGAGUGUCCUUUGCAGUGCCCAAGGAGGCCGAGUUCUCCUCCGAACCCCCGUGGUCAGACCUGCUCACGUUUCAGCAUUUCUCCAGGACCGACCUACCCCAGGAUGGUGUGGAACACAGCACAUUCACCUGUCACCCAGUCGCCAUUCUGGUUCCAAGGCUGCGUCUCUCCACUGGACUGGUGAGAGGGUUGUCAGUGUUUUGCUCCUGGGUCUACUUCCAGCUGCUUAUUUGAAUCCUUCCUCUGCAAUGGACUACUCGCUGGCUGCAGUCCUCACUCUCCAUAGUCACUGGGGCCUUGGACAAGUUGCUACUGACUAUGUGCAAGCGAGUGCAUUGCAGAAAGCUGCCAAGGCAGGCAUUUUGGCACUCUCAGCUUUAACAUUUGCUGGGCUUUGUUAUUUCAACUAUCAUGAUGUGGGCAUCUGCAAAGCUGUUGCCAUGCUGUGGAAGCUCUGAAUUUUUUGACUUCAUAUGUUGAGAAUUGAUUGUACACCUCUUUGCCUCUGCUCUGUCAUGCCAUUCUACUCACAUAAGAAGGAAAUAAAAGAUAAGUCCAUUGGUGAGAUAAGUCUCUUCUCCCAAUCACCUGGUUAGUCUUACAAUUUAAUCUUUGAGGAAAAGGUUUAUGAGGAAUUGUAUUCAAGAAAUUGUGAGACCGAGUUCCUUCUUCUGGUGAGUUAAUGGGGUUGUCUCCCAGCUUCUCACAAGACUCACAUCAUAACUAAACAUUAUGUAUGAGCUUUUGCAUUUUAAUUUAUCAAACUCUUAAAAGAAAUUCACCUUUAUUACUAUCAAUACCUGAUCAAACUUCUGUGUUUGUGGAAUGAUGGAGAAAGGAAAAGACUUUUAAUUCAUAAGUAAGGACUGCGGACACUUGAGCAGUGCUUAAUGUUUGAAAACUUCCCCCUCUGUUCAGUUGAUACCAGUUACUCAUGGUUGUGUGUCCUUAAGAAACUUUAAAACUAGGAAAUGCUGAUAUUUCACAUUACUAAUUUCUAAAUCCUAAGAAAAAGAGCCUGAAGAACUUCUGAAUAUAGAAAAAUUCCACGUAGGGAAGAGGUUCCAUAUUAGAUGCAUCAAAAUGUAACAGAUUCUAAACAGAUUUAAUCCUCAAAUGUGUUCAUUUUACUUUUCUUGAAAUAAUCUGUCCACAAAUAUAAGACUUUAAGUAAUCGUUAUUUUUCCCACUCUGGGAAUCUAAUGUGAAAAUGUAUGAAAACAAAGUUUUUUAAAAAAAUAAAAUUCGAUAUAAUAAAAGUGUAUUCUACCCUUUUAUG